AUGGACGAGCACUACGACGUUGUAAUCCUCGGAAGCGGUGUGACCGAGUGCGUCCUGUCGGCGCUGCUCUCCGUCGAAGGCAAGAAGGUAUUGCACAUUGACCGGAACGACUACUACGGAGCAGAGUGUGCCUCGCUCAACCUGACCCAAUUGUACAACAAGUUCCGUCCUGGCACGGAGCCUCCCAAGGACCUUGGCCGUGACCGAGACUAUGCCAUCGACCUCAUUCCCAAACUAAUGAUGGCCAACGGCGAGCUCACCAAGAUGCUCGUCCACACCGACGUCACGCGCUACCUCGAGUUCAAGCAGAUCGCUGCGAGCUAUGUGUACCGCGACUCGAGGAUCGCAAAGGUCCCCUCGACAGAGAUGGAGGCCGUAAGGAGCCCACUCAUGGGCCUGUUUGAGAAGAGGCGCGCGAGAAACUUUUUCCUCUUCAUCCAGAACUGGAAGGACACCGACCCAUCGACGCAUCAGACUCUUGAUCUCGACUCUGAUUCGAUGGAAAAGAUCUACAAUUACUUUGGUCUGGAGAAGGGUACUAGAGACUUUAUCGGGCACGCUAUGGCGUUGCAUCUCGACGACUCGUAUGCCAAGCGACCGGCGCGCGAGACGUACGACCGUAUCAUCCUUUACACCUCUUCAAUGGCUCGCUACGGCAAGUCGCCGUACAUCUACCCUCUGUACGGUCUUGGUGAGCUGCCCCAGGGCUUUGCGCGCCUCAGUGCAAUCUACGGCGGUACAUUCAUGCUGGACAAGCCGGUCGACGAGAUCGUCGUCGACGAAAGCGGCAAAUUCAAGGGCGUGCGCAGCGGCGAGGAGACAGUGCAAGCCGACAUGGUCAUUGGCGACCCUUCCUACUUCCGCGGCAAGAUCGCAGGCAAGGAGAAGGUCCGCGAAGCGGGCAAGGUUGUGCGCGCCAUCUGUCUGCUCAAGCACCCGGUGCCUAACACGGACAACUCCGACAGUCUGCAGCUGAUCAUCCCGCAAGACCAGGUGGGCAGGAGACACGACAUUUACAUAUCGGUCGUCUCGAAGAACCACAACAUCUGCGCCGAGGGUCUGUACAUUGCCUCGGUCAUGACCAUUGUCGAGACCGAUCGUCCGGAACUAGAGCUCAAGCCUGGCCUCGACCUGCUCGGCCCCAUUCAUGACAAGUGUGUUGCCUCUGCAAAAUAUUCUGUUGAGAGGAACCUUGCCGACAUUGUGCUGAUCGUCUGUCUUCCUCAUCUCGCGCCCAGGUUCGUCGCGGUGGCACCGAUCGAAGAGCCGGUAGACUCGGGCACGGAAAACAAUAUUUUCAUUACGCGCUCUUAUGAUGCCACGUCCCACUUUGAGACCGUCGUCGAUGAUAUCAAUGACGUCUGGAGGAGGGCGACGGGAGGCAAGCCCCUAGUGCUCAAACGGCGAGACGACUCAGAGGGCGCUCAGGUUCAGGGUUGA